AUGCAUACCCAACAACCGCCGCAGCUACAAUCACUGCCCACACCCGCACCGGCGCCAACGGUCGCCGUAACCGGGGUGACCCUGACAGUACCGGCAAACAACCCCAUCGAGCGCACAGAGCGUCCGAAGAAAAAGAGGAAAGGGAGGAAGAAGAAGAAGGCAGCCGCACUGGAUGCAGUAGUAGGCACGUCUACUCCACUUCCUCCCCCUAUUGCUACCACGCAGCAGCGGCCACAGCAGCCGCGCCAAGCGCCCUUCCCUGCUCCCAUCCAGAGUGUUCAAACAACUAACCGCCAACCCCGAGAGCCAUCCCAAAGACGGACCAUAGAGACCGGACACCAACAACAAACACAAAACGUAAUACCAUCCACCUUAGAAGAGGCCCUCGCACAGCUGGUGGGAGUGGUUAUCAAAAUCCUGGGAGAGGUCUUAACAGCAAUGGCCACAGGUACCAACCCACUAGCGGCAAUUCUCACUGCCUUAGCUCAACUGUCGAACAUCAGCAGAGGGCAAGGCAAGAUGAGUGAAGGAGAGAAAGCUAUGGUUGAUAAGUCGGAGAGUAGUUCUUUUGAAGACCUAGCUUCGGCUGCAGCUCACGAAAUAGAAGAAGCUAAGCUGGCGGAAGCGGCCGCUGCGGAAAAAGAAAAGUCCGUUGAGUUGCCAAAAGAUGAGUGGCAAGAUGUUUUGGGAUCAGGAGCACUGCUCAAAAAGAUAAUAAAACAGGGUGAUGAAUCAGAAGGUUUAAGACCACAAAGAAGUGAUAUUUGCAGGAUUAGUUAUGAAAUUAAGAUUAAGAAUGGUAAUGGAGAUGUUUUAGAAAAGAGGGAUCAAGUUAAAACAUACUUAGGUGAUAAUGAAGUCCUUCAAGGAUUAGAUUUAGCAUUGACCCUUAUGUAUAAAGGAGAAGCUUGUCUUCUCUAUAUGGCUCCACGUUUUGGUUAUGGAGAUUAUGGUCUAAAACCUGGUGACAGCUUGGGCUUAGUAGGUGAAGUUGAUGGACUUAAAUAUGAUGGCCCAGUAAUCGGACCAGAUACAUGGCUGGAAGUCAAACUUGAGCUCCACGACUGGGCAGAAGAACCUGAACAUGAAACCUUGUCUAUGGCUGAACGGAUGGAAAUUGGUACCCGUCGUCGUACUCGAGGUAACUGGUGGUAUGGCCGUGGUGAGUCACAACUAGCUAUUCAGCUAUACCGUCGCGCACUUGACGUAUUAGAUGAAAGUGAGGGUGGUAUAUCAGAUCCCACACCCUCUGGUGAUUUUGCACCUACCUCAGAUGCUUUGCAAGACCUGUUGGAGGAACGUCUUAGGGUCCAUAACAACAUGGCUGCGGCUCAAUUAAAGGCUGGUGCUUAUGAUGCAGCAUUACAGGCUGUGACAAGAGUUCUGACUUGUCAACCUAAAAAUGCAAAGGCACUUUAUCGCAAGUCCCGAAUUCUAUCGGCGAUGGGUCGAAACUCAGAGGCUUUGGAAGCAGCCAAAGCUGCAGCUGCUGCCGCACCUGAGGACUCCGGGGCCCGUAAGGAGCUACAGCGUUGUGAACUGAAGGCCACCAGGGACAGAUCUGUUGAGAGACGUCUCGCCCAGCGCAUGCUGGGCGCUGUACACCACCGUAAGCCUGAAUCAUCGCCAGAUAAAAAACCUUCUAGAGCUAAAAUGUUCGUUUGGGUAAACAGGAAGACGUGUGAAAAGGAAAACAAAAUUCCACUAAUGUUAUUGCGGGAAAAGGUGCACUUAAGCUAA